AGGUGCAUAAAAAGGUGCAAGGUUUAGUUAAUUUCUACUGAUCCUGUUCAUUUAAAAAUAGUUAAAAUAGUCUACUUUGAUUAUUUCAGAUGUGAACCUAGGCAACGUUAUGUAAUAAAAACACUGGGGUUUAUUGGUGACUGAUUCUGGCCUUGCUAUUGUCUCAUAAACCUCAGCUUAAAUAUUAAACUCGAGUGAGUUAAUGUGGGGGAGAAAGGCGGAGUUCUGUCUACUGAACAGCCUUCAUGCUACAGGUGUGCACCUUGAACCCUUUCACUGCCUGCAAACCUGUCAUCCAACCAGGACACAAAUAAGCAACACCAUAAGAUACACCACAGAACCAGGAGAUGCAACAGACAUGCCACAGAAAUUCACUUUUAACCCAAAAGAAGGGAUUGACAAUCCAGUGCUGAUGAUCUCAGAUGACCCAGAGCCAAACUUGUGUCCACGGUUAUGCUUGCUGAAGAGAGAGGAGGGACAAGGUUUUGGCUUCAAUCUGCGGAAAGAGAGUGGCUGCAGGGGUCAUGUUGUGCAGCAAGUUGCCCCAUGGAGUGCAGCAGAGCGCAGUGGCCUAAGAGAUGGAGACCGCAUUCUAGAGGUCAAUGAAGACUUUGUGGACAACCAAGAGUAUUCCAAGGUGGUGCUGAAGGUGCAAGCAUCUGGUCUACAGCUGUGUCUGUUGGUCUUGAGCGCUGUGGAAUAUGAAACAGCUGUGUGUGAAGGAAUAGACCUCAUGGCUCUGUCCAGGGCGAAUCGAGGUGAAGGCUGUGCACGUCCUCGUUUGUGCCACAUCAGCAGAGAACCCGGCAUUGGCCUGGGACUCAACAUCUUCCCCAUUGAGGGUAAGAGAGGAAAGUAUUAUCUAAGCCCAGUAAGUGAGGGUCCAGCAGAGAGGGCAGGUGUUCAGGCAGAAGAUCAUCUGCUCUCGAUCAAUGGUGUUACGGUCUCAAAACUCACGCAUUCGGCACUGAUGAAAAUGUUUAAAAAGUGUGGCGAAUGUGUGACCAUUUUGGUGAUAGACAGCAGAAGUGAAGAAAGCUACAUGCGUCGAAGAUUGCCCAUUCUGCCCGCCUUUGCCAGUACUCAUAACCUGCCUCACAGGCCAAAAACCCUACACCUUACCCAGGGACCACAGGGUUACGGAUUCCUGUUACGUCAAGAGAAGCUGACUACAGGACACAUUGCUCACCUGCUGCGAGAGGUGGACCCGUGCAGCCCAGCUGAGGCAGCAGGGAUGGAGGAUGGGGAUCUGCUGCUGGCGGUCAAUGGAGAGCAGGUGGAAAACUCUGAGCAUGAGGACAUAGUCAGCAGAAUACGGCAAAGCGGUCAGCAGGUCACCCUUACUACCAUCUCUAUUCAGGGCAGAGACUACUACACACAGCUGGGUCUGUCACCACUGAUAUUUUAUGAAGAAUACAUUCCACAAAGAGAGCGUUUCCCCACAAACACUCUACCAUCCAUCAACCUGCCACGUCCUCGACUGUGUACCCUUCACAGAGAGGACACAGGAUUCGGCUUCAAGCUGGCUUGCAGCCAGAAUGAGUGUAGGGUCUACAUUGUCCAGGUGGAAGCUGGGCAUGCUGGAGAGAGAGCAGGGCUGCGGGAGGGGGAUGUGAUUGUGGAAGUGAAUGGGCAGAAUGUGGAGCAUGAGAAUUUUGAAAUGGUGGUGACACUGAUCAGGAAAGGAGGCACAUCACUCAUGCUGCUCGUGGUAGACAAGGAUGGGUUUGAGAAACUCAGUACAAGUGGUGUACCGAUCACUCCGGAUGUGAGCUUGCACAGCACACAGGUUCCAGAUUCAACACAAGACAAUUUUGUAUAAAUAGUUGUGAACUGACUCUAAUAAAUCAUAAUUCAUAAAUGUGACUAAUGUAUAUAUGAUUAAGACUAAUUCACUGAUAUACACACAUUACAACAUGAC